GCACGUGUCGCCUGCAGACAGACCUCUCUCUCUCUCGUCACGGCUGCCACACACGCAUCACGGGUGCCUCUCCACAAAGACGGCAGCAUGAGUUCACCCAUGCGCCAGCUGCCCAUGCAUUUGGACAAGUGGAUCAUCACGGUCAGGGAGGGAAAGGACUUGACGCGGGGCGAGGCGAACGACUUCUUCCGGAAGAUGAGCCCUGUCUGCGAGCUGACGCUUGGUUCGCAGGGCCCCUUCUCGACGGGCGUGAAGCUCAACACCACCCAGCCCUGCUGGGACGACUCGAUAGAGUUCGACGCCGCCGCCGCCGCCGCUUCCUUACUGCUGUCGCCAUCCCGCCGGUCGAAGACCAAGCCGCCUUCCUCAGCGGUCGGUGAGGGCGACAGCGAGAACAAUGAAGACGAUGACCUGCGGCUGCCUACGGUGGGACCGAAGCUCAAGGUGUUCUGCUACAGCAGGGGAAGCCCCGCUAAGGGUGCAGCCUCCGCUCCGGCGGGGGGCUGUGGCGUACCGCUAGGGGGGGAGGAGGGGUGUCGGAAAGAGACGGAGAAGGUGGAGAUCGGCAGGGCGCACGUGACGCUGGUCGCCGACGGCGUCGGCGGGGCCGGCAACCAUACCAGAGUGCGGAUUCCCCUCUUGCGCAUCAACGCCGUCGGCUACCAGGUCCCCGCGGGAAGCGUGAUAUUGGAGUACAUGCUGGUCCCGGGAAUUCCGCAACCAGUGGCGCCUGUGUCGACAGAGACGGAAGGGUCGCUUUCGGGGUUGGCUGCGCGUACGACAGCCCCCUUCCGUGAGGACGGGGGUAACGGCGGCAGUCGAGGCGGGGUCGGGUCGUGUAGCAUGGACGAGCUCAAGAAGCCGGCGCGGAAGCCGGCGCUUCUCGCGUGCGUGGGCGCGGUUAUCGCCGCCGUGCUCGGCGUCCGCCUGUCGGGCGUGUUCAGCGCGCGGAUGCCCACGGACCUGUCCCCCAUCCCCGUCCCCUUCAAGGUCGCCGUGGGAAAGCACAAGGGAUCCAGCACGCACCACAUCCGGCUGCAAGGAGACGGGAACGUCGUGGUGGCGAGGGGCCCCAAGCCGCUGCUGGCCGCAGCAGCAGCAGCAGCAGCCGGCGACGCGGGCGCCACCCUCUGGCAGAGCGGGCCGCUACCUUCCCUGACGCAACAGCAACAGCGGUCCCCCGGAAAGCCCGGCGACAACGGCAAGAACAAGAGCGGCGGCGGGAGCGGCGGCAGCUGCAAGAAGUGUCAGGUCAAGGUGACCAAGGAAGGGACGCUGGCGCUGACCCGGGGAAGGGAGGAGCUCGCGGUGUUCUCGCCGGCGUGGGCGGCGGCGUUCUUUGACAUCCCUCCGCGCGGCGACAAGCGGUAAAGACGUGGGAAGUGGGGGGGAGUCCGAAAAAGGGGUCCCGUCGGCGGUCGAAGGGAAAGGGGCUGUGUGGCAGUAGUCGUUGUUGUUUUUCUUGGUGGCGGAAAAGUGCUCUGAGGUGGUUGUUGCCGACGAGGGCGUUAGACCCCAGAAUCCUUUCGAAAUGGGCUUGCGCCGGCCGUGGCGGUGGGUGGAAGUUGUGGCGCCGUGGCGGUGGGUGGAAGUUGUGGCGGCGUGGCGGUGGUGGGCGAAGGGGGAGGGUACCCACUUACUGUUGGCCACGGGUCCCUUUGGGAGGGUACUCUCUUGCUGUUGACCAUGGGCCCCUUUGGGAGGGUACUCACUUACUGUUGGCCGUGGGCCCCUUUGCAUGGUAUCCCUAAGACAAAAAGGGUCCGUUUCCCUUUCUGGCCUACUUCGGGUGCUUUGAAGGCCAGGCGGCAGGUUGGUACCGAGUGCAGGUCGCUUGCGCCGCCUCGCUGCGGUGACGCAACGUCGGUUGGCGGCACCAUCGUAGAAGCUUCUCUUGACAUGUCAGUCGGACAGCGCAUCCUCUUGGUGCUGCGGCUGUAGGCUGGACACAAGCGAGCUGCGGGAAGGGCGCAGCAGGGAGCGUCGCCGUGUCAAUUUCCGAGAGACGGUUUGAGAAUUUUUAUCGGCCUGACAAGGCGUCCUGUUCCUUCGCGUUCUCACUCAUUCGUACGGGCGACAAGCUUGGAUAGAAGUGGUAGUGCCGUCUCUGCUGUCUUGCUACUUCCGAUGCUGCCGCCUCGUGAAGACAGCAGAAGUGUGUCGGGACACCCGGGUGUGUGCAGGUAUCAUGCGUAGUCCUCUCGAGAGUCCCUAGACGUUGCGGGGCCGGGGGGGGGGGGGGGGGGGGGGGGGGACGCGGNGGGGGGGGGGGGGGGGGGGGGGGGGGGGGAGCGGGAGGGUGCAAGUUGUGCAUGGCCGGCGCACUCGUUUGCGCGAUUUUCACCGUCCCACGCUGCAGCGGUCGUUGUGGGCUCGCGCACAAGCUGGCCGCAGCCGCCGACGCCGACGCAGAGCGGCGCAGCAGCAGCAGCAGCGAGGCGGGUGUACGCGGAGGUGCGGUCGCGGAUGACCGCCACAGUCGUCAGACCGUAACACAGCCUUCGGUAUGGUGCGGCGGGGCGAGGGCGGGGCGACGAAUGCAUGUGGAAGGGGAAAGGAGGUCGGUGGAUGUGGUGGCGGCGAUUAGGAAUGAAGAGGUAUGGGACUAGAGGGGGCGAGAAGACAUGUUCUAGCACGGAAAUCUAAGACGGUGUAGUGAGAGGAGGGUACCGGUGCUGGCUUUGUUUCUUGUCAUCUCUCUUUCUUGCGCUGCGUUGACGUGCUGUAGUCUUUUCUUUUCUUUUCUGAAUGGUGUACUAGAGUGUGGGGAAGGGGAUGGGGAUGAAAAUUGAGUGAAUUGUAGAUUUAAGUGUGAGGUACGUGAACCGUAGAUUGGUCGUGAACGUACGUAAACCGAUAUAUUUACUGCGCUAUGUAUUUGGUGUGCAGGCUUGGCAUUGUCUUGUGAUGGUGUUGCCAUUGGCUUGGAUUUUGCAGAGCGUGAUGUUUUGUUCGCGAUUGGCAUGGGCAAGGAUCGGAAGGGAGGAGGGUAGACGGGGGGGGNGGGGGGGGGGGGGGGGGGGGGGGGGGGGGGAGGCACCGUUUAUGCGUUGUUCACCACGAUUUCCAAUCGAUCAUGAAAGUGCGUCAUUGGAGCAACCCCCCCCCCCACGCUCGUACUGCUUGCAACCAUGGUGUUAGAUGCAAUGCGUCGUUCAUUCGAACCGAGUUUUCUGUGCUACGCCGUAAACUGGGGGACAGUAAUCUGUCAGUUUUAUUGCUCUCCUGAGCCAGGUACUCUGCUUCUUUAUUUUUUUGUUGUUCUCGGGAAGAAAGGCGAAGGUGUUCGUUGUGUUGAAUUGUGUUGAACGAAUGAGUACGGCGAAGAGAGGGGGGGGGGCAUCCCAGGGGGGCAUCCCAUACCCCACCCACUCCCCACGGCAGAUUUCCUCCGUGAUUUUCGCUUCUCCUGUGUCAUCUUUUUUCCUUCUUUAAAUUAAUUGCAUUUUUUGACCGUGACUUGCGUGAUGAUCCUAUGGGGACGGGAUGGAGAGUGCGUGGUUCGAGGAGUACACUCUUUUUGCUUUUUUGGUGCGUGUUUUGAUUUGUACAGAUGGGGCCGCCGGAUGCACGUCGCGUACGUACGUAGAGAGCACCUACCAGUACGUGUGUAGUAUAGUCUUCUGGACGCAUCUAUCUCAGAUUGGAUUGGUUAUAUGAUCAAUCGCUUUUUCAUAUUUUUGUUGUAUGAGUACAUCACGUGCUCGUUGGUAUCUGCAGUAGACGCGUGCUGGGGGCUUCGCUGCUUGGGGCGGGGGGUGGCCCGGGGAAAUGUAAAGGAAGGGCCGUGUGGUGGGGGACAAGCGCGAACGAAUGAAUGGAAACGUUGUGCACUACUUUGGAAACGUUCUCCGAUGAUAAAUCGAGAGAGACGAGAACCAGGAGGAUGGUACAACCGGCAGAUGCAGACAAGACCAAAAUGAGGGAGGAAAAGAAGGAAGCAAUAUGUUGGAGGGGGGGGGGCACAGCCCGGGAGAGCGGGGGCAUAGAAGUAGAGCGUCGGUGAAGCUAAGAACUGAUUCCGAUCGUGGAGUGAGAUGCUGAAGGAGACGGGAGUUGAGAGACAAGGGGCGCAGCAACCCGAGAGAGGGAGACGUGCACAGCGACAGAGAUAUUUCAAGAGAGAGAGGUACGCAGAGGGAAGGGAGCCGGCAGGGCUAGUAGGCAGAGAGACAAAGCGAGUGCUGCUGCACAACAAGCCUUGCGCGCUCGAGUACGAAGGAAGAAGCUUGCAGGCUAUAUGCUUUGAAGUGAUGGCGGUGGCGACCACGUGUGGCCCCCGUCCGUUGCUCAUGAGAUUGAUGUUGUCGCUGCUCUUGCUGUAGUCGCUACGGGAGGGGGGCAGUUGUGGCAGAGCUGUCUACCCGUAAAACCUUUUGAGAUACUCAAGUGUCUUGUCUAGGGGUCCGCGAUGAAGACAGGCGGGCGAGAGUGUAGAGGGAGGGACGGAGGUGUCUUUGCAACUUUUGUGGAAAAUGGCGAUGCUGCUGUGCCGCUACCUUGCGUGGUGAGUUCCUUGAGCUCAUCCUUUGUACUCUCCGCACGCACGCUGGUUUUUCUUCUUUUUGGAUGGCUUGCCAGUAAAAAAGGGGUGCGAAGCGAGAUUCCUGUGUGACUGCUUUCGGUGUAGCUUUCGGGGCGGGCGGGUGCAGUCGAAUCGGGGGCUGACAAUCGGGGUUACGUGUGUGUUGGGUGCGUGCGUUCUGCUUUGACUGUCAUGAACCACGCAAACCGGCUGGCCAACUGAAAGUAAGGGCGUAAGCCUCACAGCGAGAUAUCAUAAGCACCGUCCUGCGUUUUUGGGUUUAUUUUUUUUACGAUUCACGCUAUGCACACGGUGUUAUCACGAUGUCGCAAAAUCAGUGUAAAGUUUACUAUUAUUUUCGUUUGUUUGUCGUGGUUAUAUGCCUUUCGUUUGACACUUUAUUAUCAACGCUUGCCUUUUUUUUCGCAUGUGAGCGCGGUUGGAGUGGAAUAUUGGAGGGCAAUUUGUUGUCAUCUUUGGAUGUUGUUCAGGAGGGCCGGGGGCAAAAAGUGGGGGUAGUUUCUGUUUUGCUCCAUGUAUCGUGUACAUCUGAAACUGUUGUUGCUGGACGUUUUCUGCACCCCGUCGCUUCCAAAGUUUGGGUACGAGGCAGUCUAGUCCUCAACCCGCAACUACGUUGAUACGUGUUCUUCAAAGCGACUUUCAAAAAGCAAAAAAAAUGGUUUGAUCUUCAAAAGCACUUCCAAUAAGCAAAAAGGUUUUGAUCUUCAACAAGCACUUUCAGCAAGCAAGUGGUUUUCGAUCUUCAAAAGACAACUUUCAGUGAGCAAAAAGUAAGAGUGGUUUUGAUCUUCAACUAACACUUGUUUGUCGUUGACAGCAGUAGUGGUAAACAGUGCACUCGAGUCGGCGACUCUCGGAAAUGCACACCAAUGUGAUGCUUGAGAACAACAAGACGCGGCGAAGAAUAGCAGGGAGCGAGUGAGUGGGGGAGGACGUGUACACAAACGGUAACAUACGGAGUAUCUUUCGUGUGUGCGUUUGUUUGGCUGAAUGCAUGCUCGUUUUUUCUACUUCUACAAUUUAGUUGUAUUGGAUUAAGACACGAGGACCAACGGGAUGUAUGUACG